AUGCCCCUGAUGUACGUGAGAUUCCUUUACCUGGUGUCAGCGUUCUCCUGCUACUGGGUGCUCUUCUGGAUGACAGCCAUCAGCGCCAAAAAGGACAUGGAAAAGCUCUGCAAGCUCUGCUGCCGCUGUGACCUUCCCAAUCCCAUGAUGCGGGGCCUGGCCCGCGCCACGCCCCCUACGCGCGCACUCCGCCGGGGUCACGUGGUUCCCCGCGCGUCACGUGAUCGGGGCGGGGGCCGCCGGGAAGCGCCAGGCGGGACCGGGCCGGGAUCGGGGUCGGGACCGGGACCGGGCUCAGCGCAGCCCCGGCCAAGCUGCGGCCCUGCCCGAGCCCUGCGAGCCGCCAGCCCGGCGCCGGCCCGCCAUGGACCGCCGGGACCCCUCCGGAUCGGCCGCCCGCUUGGCAGCCGCCCUCCCCUCCCUUCGCCGGGCCCGCCCCGCGCCCCCCGGCGCUCCGUGACUCGCCGGUGGCUCCUCGGCUCCUCCAUCGUUCGCCGGUGGCGGCAGCCAAGAGAUAGUCCGGGCCUAGCAGAGCGGCCAGUGCAGGAAGUAAUGUCGGAUAUUGGCAGUCAAGGGCGAUGGAGCAAGGUGGUCCACUUGCAGGAUGUCCUGGCCCUGGAUGCUGGAGGGUGCAAGCCUAAGGUGCUGCUGCCGCCCUGGGCGUGCCAAGGGACAGAGGCGAGCAGGUUUGUCCUGGCCACCUCCAGAGUCAGAUCAAGAUUUGAGGUGUGGAGCUGAAGCUUGGAGAGAGCAGCUGCCAAAGCGGACCGUGGGGAACGUGUUGACAUCUGAGGUGCUGAUGCAUUUUUUCUGUCAAGGAUGGAUUUUGUCCAUUUGUCUUCAGAAAGCUAAGUGUUGGGAGCAGUGGUUGGGAGAAGGGAAAGGCCUUUGGAGUUCCAGGAGGCAAUUGGAAGUUAGCUUAGAGGAGAGGGCUGUUGUGGGAGGGUCCCUUGGAAGUAAAGGGAGAGGGUUUCUCCUCAGCAUCACCUGAGCCUUUGCUGGGCAGGGCAGUUCCCACCCAUCUCUGUCAUCGGCCUUUGAGUCUCGACAUCAUCGUGGAUCUUUUUGCCCGAGGAGCUCGCCUUCGGAUCUGGCACGAUCGCCACGGUCUCCAUUUUACCUACUCGCUGGCGUAGCCGCCUGCGGGCAUCUUGGCCACUUGCUGGAUGGUCAAAGAGCCUGUUGGAGUGCUGGCCUGGAUUUGGGAGGAGCCAAGUAGCCUGGAGCAGUGAGGUUUUUCCUGUCAGAAAUCCAUGCUGGGGAUGUUUUCCCUGGCUGUCCCAAGGGGAAGGAACAGCUCUGGAGUUUUUGCAGCCACAGGCUGGGGAUGCAUCCCCUGAAAACCAGUUCAGGAUCGGUCAUCUGACUCUGUCCCUGACCUGUGGCUUCCAGGGAGCCUUCUGGUCUUCUGGAUAUUCCCAGGAGAGGAUAUUUCACCACCUGACUUUUAAGCCAGGAAUUCCAAACCCACACCGUUCCAGGGGAAAGCUGGUGAAAGGAUAAAGAUGCAGAGGAACAAGUGUUGUAAACCCCCCUGCCUCCCUGACAAAGCAAACCUUUCUGCAAUCCCAGUAAAUCUCUUGGAGAAGCUGUGGGAUCAUAAGGUUUCCUAGGAAAGGAAAACUAAGGACAGAGAUGAGGAAAGAGGCUUCCAAUUAACAAUGAUUUGAUGGAGGAUGAGGAAGCCAGGCCUGCUGAGGAGGAAGAUGAGGAAGUGUGUGAGGAUGGAGACAGCGGCCACCAAAGGCUGGGGAAGGCACAGAUCCAGGUAGGAGACGUUGCCUUGCGAGGAGAGGGACUUGUCUGUCCCGUUGGAAUUUGGGGCGUGAGGCCAGUGGAACAAAGGGUUUGAUUCCAUUUUCUUGCUCAGA